AUGGUUCGAUACAACAAUUCCUCCGUCCUUCGACGACUUGACCUCGAUAAUAUCAAAUCAAUCAAAAAUAUUAUGAGCGCCCUGGCCUUUGCCUUGGACAAGUCUUCUACCGAAGCCGCACAUAAAUAUGGGCUAGAUGUUGCUCUUGGAAAGAUGGAGAGCGUAUGGGUAGAAUAUAUCUUGAAUGCCAUCAAGAGAAGCGCGAACUACACCCUGUUGAGAGACGCGAUUACGCGUUUUGUUGAAAGCAGGUCGGAGCCAAAACAGCGCAUCCUCCAAGCAAUUACAGAACUUGAGAGUCUCGCCGAUGAACAAGUCUUGACCGUGCCGGAAUUUCAUCUAGAAGAAUACGAGGAGGCUUUGAAGCGCUUCGAGGCACUGCCUCCCCUGAUCCAACCUACGGUUGAAGAGAUACAGCCGUCUACUCCAUUGCCAAAGAAGAGAGGAAGGCCCAGAAAGAAUGCGAGGCUGUUAUUGGAGAACCAAUCCGAGAAUGGGCCUACACUUGAACCUGUCAAACCUACACUUGAACCUGCCAAACCUACACCUGAACCUGCCGAGCAUACAUCUGAACCCGCUGCAAAGAUUCCUAAAAAGAUGGGAAGACCUCGAAAAAGCGAUGUUCUGCCUUUGGAAGAGCAGGUCGAGAACAAGCCCACACUUGAAUCUGUCAAACCUGCUAUACUCGAAGCUGCCAAAUCUACACUUGAAGCCAUCCAGCCAUUGCAAAAAAUUCCAAAAAAGAUGGGAAGACCUCGAAAGACGGAGAUUCUACCUUUGGAGGAGCAGGCUGAGAACAAGCUCAUACCCGAACCGGCUAUGGCUAUACCUCAAGCUGCCGAGCCAAAGGUCAAAAUCCCCAAGAAGAGGGGAAGACCACCAAAGAACCGCCAGACGGCUUUGGGGGAGCAAGUCCAGAAGCCUACACUUGACACUGUUCAGGCAACAGAUAAAAUCCCAAAGAAAUUGGGAAGGCCACCGACCAAGCAACGAGUAGCUUCAGAAACUCAAAUUAGGAAGGAGCCAAAGCUCAGAGCCCUCCUGCCAAAACCCCCAGCUACAGCACAGAGUGGAAGCUUCCAGCAGAACGUAGAGAAUCUGGCCAAAUAUGGAGUCGAGCAGCUAGAGACCGAAGUUCCACAAGAGAUUGAAAGCCCUCCGAAAAAAGCUCGGUUUACAGAGGAGCAGGAAGCCAACAAAUCCUGCGCCAAAGAAAAGGGGAAGACCGCCAAAGAACCGGAACCUGAACAAUGGAGCUGGACACUAUGA